AAAGUUGCUUCACGACCACCAUAGGCUUUUCGCAGAAAUUUCCAGCAAAGAAAAUGACAAAUGUCGAUGUGCACAGCCAGCGAGUGCAGACAAAUCGAGUAAGAACAAGUGAACAACCUGUAAAGAUGAUGACCCAAAUUCAUUUCAGUAACUGGCCCCCAUCUUCAACAGAGUAUUAGUUUCACUUCCUCCCCCUUCCCCCACAUCCCCAUUAUCGUCAAAAUUAUCAUCAACCCUUUUCAACGGUGGAUUGAUUGAUCGAUCGGAAUGGACCUUUCCGGCGAGCAAUUUGACGUAAUAGUGGUCGGAGCCGGAAUUAUGGGCAGCUGCACGGCCUACCAACUAGCCAAGAGAGGCCAGAAGGUGCUUCUCCUCGAGCAAUUCGAUUUCCUCCACCACCGCGGCUCCUCCCACGGCGAGUCCCGCACCAUCCGGUCAACCUACACCGACGACUACUACUGCGCCAUGGCCCUCGAAUCGGCCCGCCUCUGGGAGGAAGCCGAAUCGGAAAUCGGGUACAAGGUCUACUUCAAGGCGCCUCACUUCGAUCUGGGUCCGUCCAACAGCCAGAGCCUCCGCGCCCUGAUCGCCAGCUGCGGCAAGAGAUCCGUCGGGUGUCGGGUUCUGGAUCCCCGCGAAGUGGAGGAGGAAUUCGCCGGCCGGUUCAAGCUGCCGGAGGACUGGAUCGGGGUUUGCACGGAGCUCGGCGGGGUGAUUAAACCCACCAAGGCGGUGGCGAUGUUCCAGGCGCUGGCGAUUCAGAACGGCGCCGUCUUGAGGGACCGUACGGAGGUGAAAGGGAUCGUGAAGGAUAACGAGAAAGGCGGAAUUAGGGUUCUAAUCGGCGACGGCGGAGGAGGGGAAGAAAUUUGGGGGGAAAAGUGCGUUGUGACAGCUGGAGCUUGGACGGAGAAAUUGGUGAAAAUUGUGAGCGGGAUCGAGCUCCCGAUCCAGCCCGUGGAGACGACGGUGUGCUACUGGAGGGUGAAGGAAGGGCACGAAGGUAAAUUGGCGAUCGGAGGCGAUUUCCCGACGUUCGCCAGCUACAGCCAGCCGUACAUCUACGGGACGCCGUCGCUGGAGUUCCCGGGGCUGAUCAAGGUGGCGGUUCACGGCGGGUUUCCGUGCGACCCGGACCGGAGGAAGUGGGGGCCCGGGAAGGCGGUGGAGGAGCUGAAGGGGUGGAUCGCGGCGACGUUCGGCGGCGCGGUGGAGACGGAGGGAGGGCCGGUGGCGAAGCAGUCGUGUAUGUACUCCAUGACUCCCGACGAGGACUACGUGAUUGAUUUUCUGGGCGGGGAGUUUGGGGAAGAUGUGGUCGUCGGCGGCGGGUUUUCGGGUCACGGGUUCAAGAUGGGCCCGGUGGUCGGGAAGAUUUUGGCGGAGCUCGCGGUUCACGGGGAGGUGAAGGGAGUCGUGGAGGAAGGGAUUCUGGGGUAUUUUAGAAUACAUAGAUUUGUGGAGAAUCCGCUUGGGAAUUCGAAGGAGUAUUCCGGUGAGUGAUUCUCGUAAUUUGUGUGCCAAAUUGCUGUGGGAUUUGCCUUGUAAUCAUUGUAAGGAUGGACUGUUCGUCAGAUUAAUAAACCGUUGCCGUCCAAAGCUUUUUAAAACUGGGUAUAUAUGAACAAAAUGAGAUUUUUUUUAUCAGGAUGUUGGGAAAUUUUUGUGGGGAGAGAGGGUUAAAACUGAAAAGAUUAUUUGGAAAAAGUGACGUCAAUCAAAUGAGGAUAAUCCUAUAUCGAAAGUAGGGGUGUGCAAAUAAAAUCCGACGUUGAUCCAACCCGUCAUCGAAACUGAACUGACCUAAAUAUGGGUUAAUAACCGAAAUUGUUGUUUGAGGGUUUUAAUAUUGGACCCCGUCAUUCAUUGGGUUGGUUACGAGUUUUGGACUCCUAAACGAGAAAAUUCGAACCGGCCAUAUCCUCAAAUCUGCAUCAUCCUAAGCAUAUUAUAUAAAAACAAAAAUAUUAGAGUAGCAGAUAAUAUGAGCACAGAAAUAGUAACAUUUUUUUUUGUUUUAUAUAUGAAUACCGUCGUAGAAUUAGUUUGGUUAAUAAGAUCGAUACUUCAUUAAUAUACUUAAUUGAUUUGUUUGGAACUUAAAGUUUCAAUUUGUACGUGGUUCAGUUACCAUCCGAAUGUGUGGUCCUCCCAAGCCAACCCAAUCAACAAAUAAACAGUAGUGUCUUGAUUUUAUUAAGUGGGUUUGGGUUUGAAAUUAUUCAACGAAAACAAAAUAUUGAAAUCGGGUUAUAUAGGUUAGAUGAAAAAAUAGUUCGAAAUCUACCUAUUCAACCAAUGUACACCCCUUAUGGAUAGGGUACUAUACCUAAAUGGGGAUUAAUUGAUGAUGGGUUUAGGUGUCCUCCACAUAUGGCACAUUUUAAAUUAAUAUGUACACAUAACUCAUUACAAGUAAUCUAAUCUUACCUACCUCAUCAUCCACCAAACUUUCAAAAGAAUACAAGUCUAAUAUGAUUAAUUAGACUUUUCUAAUUUAAUCAGCACAUAGAUGUGACUCACUUCUUAAUCCUAGCAUCCUCUUCAAGACUUUUAUUUUUUUAUGUUUAUUGUAAUAUUUGUAAUUAGUUUAUGAUAAAUGUUGUUUACUCAAAUUUGAGCUCUUUUUAGACAUGUUUCAAACUUAAUUAUAUUAAAUUUAGAUUGAACUUUAAUUUGGUCAUAUAUGCCAGACGGGAUUUGCGGAUGUGGAAAUGAAAUAUGACUAAAAACCUCCAUCUCAUGAAUAUAAAAAGACUAUGCAUCUAAACAUUGAAGAUGAAGACGUGUUGAUAGGAUGAAACAACCUCAUUGUCAUCCCUAGUUACGAAAAAGUUUAACAUCAAUUGGUGUGCAUCUCGUAGUGUGAAGACGGCUAAUUAAAAGUAAUGUUAUGC